GGCGUGCCUAGUCGCGCGCCGGCCGCUGCGAAGCACGCGCGUCACCUCAGUGCUUGUAAACUCUGGAUGGACUGGUUUGAAAUGAUCGAAAGUUCGAUACGCUCCCGAACAGUGCUCGCUAGUGAUAUUUUGAAUUGGUGCUUUGAGUGAGUGACGGCGCGGGUCGCGAGCGCUAGACUCUACGAUGCCCCGAAUUGCACUAAAUGGGUAAUUGGUCAAUUUCAACAACCAUGAACUGUAAUAAAACAAUAACGAACUUUUCCACCGUGACGUGACACGAACAUCGACAAAAUGAAAAACAGUGAAGAGUGUUUAGACUGACCGGAGAAUUGUAAGAAAGAAACAGUUGUGAUAUUUAAUGAUCUUAUCUAAAUUAAGUUAUUUGUGAAUAGAAAAGACGUUUGUAUAUAUUAAAUAAGUGAUAAAGACUCAGUGAGGGCAGAAAUCUGUUGAAGCAAGUUGAGUACGCUGCGGGUCAGGGCAGACUCGCGUGGAGGCGACCAGCGGCCAUUGCAGGCAUGGGAAUCAAAGUCAUGAUGAAAGCUUUCAGUAAGCCAAAAGACAUCCCAUCGCAGGUGCCCCCGCUGACGCCCGGCACCAACAAGAAGAUGGCCGAGGCGCUGAAGGCUACCUUCGCCUCCUGGGAGAAGGAGCAGCUGCGCCUCGGCGUGCCCAAAGAUCCGAGACAAUGGAGCGAAGCAGCGGUAGCAGCGUGGCUGCGCUGGGCGGCGCGUGAGUUCUCGCUAGAAGGCGUGGCGUUGCAGCAGUUUGCGCGCGCGCAGGGCAAGGACAUCUGCGCCAUGGGCCGCGAGGAGUUCGUGGCCCGCGCGCCCGCCUUCAUGGGCGACAUACUGUGGGAGCACCUGGAGAUCCUGCAGAAAGAUGUGGAGAAGGAGCGCUCCCUGCUGGCGAACGUGCCGCCGAACAUGUACGAGAGCAACGUCUGCCUGCCCGAGCUGCCGGACUACAUCCCGCCGCCGGCGCACCACUACAACAACAACAACAACAAUACCGGUGGUUACACGACAGGCGGCCCCCGCGACUCCACCUACGGGUACACGGAAGCGGCGGCAGCGCCGGCGCCCGCGCCCCCGGCCGCCUCCCCCCUGGACGAGUACUACCAGCCCGAGUACCCGGCGCCGCCCGCGCCGCAGCCCUACUUAGACGAGUACUACCACCACGCGCACCACUCGCAGCCGCUCAUAGCGCACGAACACAAAUACCAGCCACAUGCGUACACCAAGCCUUAUCCUAGAGGUGCGGGCGGGAGGUACGGCGGCGAAGGUUACGGCGAGAGCUACCCGGCGGAGUACGGAGGCACAUGCUCGGAGUGGAGCGAGUGGCCCGGCGAGCAGCACGCGCUCAUACCGCAGGACAAGCUCGCCUACCCCGCCUCUGGACCUUGCUUCACUGGUUCAGGCCCCAUCCAGCUGUGGCAGUUCCUCCUCGAGUUGCUGACAGACAAGGGCUGCCAGGGCUUCAUCUCGUGGACCGGCGACGGCUGGGAGUUCAAGCUCACCGACCCUGAUGAGGUGGCGCGACGCUGGGGCAUCCGGAAGAACAAGCCCAAGAUGAACUACGAGAAGCUGUCGCGCGGCCUGCGCUACUACUACGACAAGAACAUCAUCCACAAGACCGCCGGCAAGCGCUACGUCUACCGCUUCGUCUGCGACCUGCAGAGCUUGCUCGGAAUCUCGCCAGAGCAACUGCACGCGAUGUACGAACCGAAGAUGGAAAAGAAGGACGACGACUGAACGCACACGUCACCACUCACCCGCAGAAACGCACCGAUCUGGCACGCUGCCAUAUUUCAUAAAAAAAAAACAUUCGGAACUCUAUAAUUGUCUAUGAAAUUUUCAAAUGUCUCCUAUGCUCUGGCAAACCCACUUUGUCAGUAGAAAAAGGCGCGAAAUU